UUUCUUCCUCUUAGGAUAUUGAAAUGGUGUUAAUGCUGUACUUCUGCUUUCAUAUUGUGCAGAGGACAAGCCGCAGCCCUCAUGUGUCCCAGAGGGGACUCAGCAGCCCUCAUGUGUCUCGUAGGGGAAGCCGCAGCCCUCGUGUGUCCCAGAGAGGAAGCCGCAGUCCUCGUGUGUCCCAGAGGGGACUCAGCAGCCCUCAUCUGUCUCAUAGGGGACGCCGCAGUCCUCGUGUGUCCCAGAGAGGACUCAGCAGCCCUCAUCUGUCUCAUAGGGGACGCCGCAGUCCUCGUGUGUCCCAGAGAGGACUCAGCAGCCCUCAUGUGUCUCAUAGGGGAAGCCGCAGUCCUCGUGUGUCCCAGAGAGGACUCAGCAGCCCUCAUCUGUCCCAGAGGGGAGGCCGCAGCCCUCGUGUGUCCCAGAGAGGACUCAGCAGCCCUCAUCUGUCCCAGAGGGGAGGCCGCAGCCCUUGUGUGUCCCAGAGGGGACACAGCAGCCCUCAUGUGUCUCAUAGGGGAAGCCGCAGCCCUCGUGUGUCCCAGAGAAGAAGCCGCAGCCCUCAUGUGUCCCAGAGAGGACUCAGCAGCCCUCAUGUGUCUCAUAGGGGAAGCCGCAGUCCUCGUGUGUCCCAGAGAGGACUCAGCAGCCCUCAUCUGUCCCAGAGGGGAGGCCGCAGCCCUCGUGUGUCCCAGAGGGGACACAGCAGCCCUCAUGUGUCUCAUAGGGGAAGCCGCAGCCCUCGUGUGUCCCAGAGAAGCCGCAGCCCUCGUGUGUCCCAGAGAAGAAGCCGCAGCCCUCGUGUGUCCCAGAGGGGACUAAGCAGCCCUCACGUUUCCGGGUGGCGGAGCAGGUCCCAGGGUUCCCGCAGCCCCAACGUUUCUGGGAGGGUAACCAGGGUCAGCCCAGCAAGACAGAGUCUGACCCCGAGAAACCCCUGUGGGUCCCCCACAAGUGGCCUCAGCAUGAGCCUACUUGGCAGCAGCCCCACCCCGUCUCCUGGCCACAGAGCAGCCCAGUUACUGCGUGGCCAAAGUUUAGCCCCCCAAAAAAUUGAUGGAGCAAUGUUCAUCACACUAGUGACAUUGCUAGAAGAAGUGAAGGACACACUGAAGCUGCAUGGCCAGAUGCUAAACACACUGCUCAAAAAAGAUUCCAUGCCAGUCAUGGCGAUACCGGAUGGUGCUGUUUUCCCCCUGGCCAACGUUGAGGACGUUAUCGCCAUGAACGAGAAGCUCUCAGACCCUGAAUUCAUGUCUGCAGUGGUUGCCAUGGUUGCAGACAUAGGGGGUUCCUCACUUGAAGAUGCCACUAGGAGGAUGAUGAAGUUCCUGAUGGUGCCAGAACUGCAACGGCAGUACAACGUGACCGGACGGAUGGGCAAGCUGUGCUUCAAAGAUCUGCGUCUUUUUGAAGUUUUCUAUGGUGCACUGAAGAGUAAUGCAAUAACUGCAAACGUGAACCGAAAGGAUGUGGAAAUGGCACUGGGGAAAUGGUUUACAGGCGCACGUGACCGUGGCGGGGAGAGGGCUGCAAGAGCCCUAAGACAAAAAAGAACGUCAACAACACAAACGCCAUGACUGUUUUUGAUGUAUUUUUUUGGAGAGAUGUUUUGUUUUCUGACAUUUUUAAAAAAUAUAUUUUUUUUAUUUUAUUUACCAGUAAGGUACCGGUAUUUAUUUACGGUUUUUUUUAUUUUUCAGAGAUUUUUUUUAAAAUAUAUUUUUUAGUUUACUGUAUGUUGUGACAUUGUUUUUUUUAAGAGAAUUUUUGUUGUUCAAUUUAAUAUAUUUCUUGCAGUUCAAAGCAUCAAGUGUCUUGUAUUUAUCUUGUACUUACAUUCAUUCUUCAUUUUUAAUUUUUCUUAGAUUGUUUCCUUAAAUGAAUGGUUGGGCUUACCUUGCAUGAAUUGCCCAGUUAGGACCAACAUAAGAUCCUUACAGAGCCCACUUUAAGCCCAUAUGGGCAUUCACGGUUGAAUCCUGGUGCAAGCCCACUUUAGGCAGGUGGGGCCCAAAUGGGUCUGACAUGAAUUGCCCAGUUAAGACCCACAUAAGACCCUUACAGAUCCCACUUAAAACCCACCUGGGCAUCCACGGCUGGCCCCC